UGCGUUUACAUGAUGGUAUCAUUCGAAUCUCGCUUUAGUCGGACUAUGCUAUCUUUUGGGGGAUCUGCUGUUAUCCCAAUAUACAUGGCAGUGAGUGAUUAGAAUCAUUGGCCUUUGAAAGCAUGUCAUAUCCGAUACGAUAGGUGGCGCUGUUUUCAUUACAACUCGUGGUGAUACAGCCAUUUCCGCUUGACCUCUUCACCACCACCAACAACAACAUUUCGAGAAAGAUGGCGAACAGAGAGCAAGGAUAAGCACUGGCUGCUCCGUCAGCCCGUGAACCCGAUGCCUGAGAGCUCCGUCAACUUCCUGGACGACGCGUACAGGAGGAGGUGGCAGACGCUGCUGUCGGUGGACGACAUGGUGGAGUCUCUGGUCCAGAAGCUGGAGAGCAUCAAGGAGCUGGACAACACCUACGUCUUCUACACCUCGGACAACGGCUACCACACGGGUUCGAGUCCCGCCGCCGCCCACGCGCUUCCCGCCCGUCCUCACCGUGCUGUGUCGCUGUUCUCAGGUCAGUUCUCGCUGCCCGUCGACAACAGGCAGCUGUACGAGUUCGACAUCAGAGUCCCGCUGAUGGUCCGAGGCCCCGGAGUCAAGGCCCAGCAGACGCUGCAGGCUCCGGUGCUGAGCAUCGAUCUGGCCCCGACCCUGCUGGACAUCUCUGGGGUCAACCUGUCGUCUGUGGACGUGGACGGACAGUCCUUCCUCCCUCUGAUGGCUCCUUCUCUGCCCUUCUUCCUGGUGGAGUACAAAGGGGAGGGGCAGCAAACCCCCGACCCCUCGUGUCCCAAACUGGGCCCCGGACUGUCUCAUUGCUUCCCGGACUGCGUGUGUGAGGACUCCUUCAACAACACGUACGCCUGCGUCCGGACGCUCCAGCCGCAGCUCGACCUCCGGUACUGCGAGUUCGCCGACAGCGAGUCGUUCGUGGAGGUGUACAACCUGACGUCGGACCCCCACCAGCUGGAGAACAUCGUGAAGCGGGUGGACCCGGCCGUGCUGCAGGCCAUGAACCAGCGGCUCAUCAAGCUGCAGUCCUGUCAGGGCGCCGGCUGCCGGCUCGGCGACUAGCCGCCGCGACCUCGCCGCCUCGUGAAGACGGUUUAACAAAUGUGACCGGCGGACGGAUUCGGUUUCGGGGUCCUCAAGAAUCUGACGUUGGUGGUUUACGGGGACACGAGCGUCGAGGAGCCGCUUCAUGUGAAAGACGCGUUUGAUAUAUUUUUCUCUGCGUCCUGCUGGACGAGGAGAUUUAUAAUGUGUACGAUUUUAUUAAAUAUGGUAAGCUUAGCAUAAAGGCUGUGAGGGGGAACAGCUAGCCUGGCUGUGUGCGGUGGUACCAGGAGGUGUUUAUGGGUAAUCGUCCUUGUACUUUUAUAUGUUUUAAGACACGCCCCCUCACCAGAUAAGUAUAUUUCCCAAAACCUCAAACCUUUCCCUUUAUGUUGUGAAAAUAAUAGAUUAUUUUUCUACCAAGCUGUGCACAAAUAUCUCUAAAAGUUUAUUAUAUUUCAUAUAAACUCCUCUUGACGCAGAUCUACCGCUCAGUCUUUCUGCUCGUGAGCUGAAGCCUAAACUUCUAAUUCUUCUUGUCACAUGUCAAAAUGACAUCUGAACAUUUAACUUCACUCAUUCACAACCGAAGGUUUAUAAUAGUUUGAGAUUCUGGGAAAUACGCUUCUUAACGUAACAUUAGUUUCACUGUCUGUUCCUGAGACUAGCUGCUAGUUAGCGUAGCACAAUAAAUAUGGCGUCCUUUUGACCUGAUCUUCGUAUAAAUUAAACAUUUAUUAACCUUUUAGGAAGAAAUAAGCUAGCAGUUUCUUCCCACUUGCAGUCUUUAUGCUAAGCUAUGCUAACCUGGCGGUCGCCACCUUUCCUCAGACCUGCGUCCUCGGUUUCGAGCUUUUAAUUUCCUCAGAACUCCUAAUGAAGGAAGUUGAGACGUUUCAGUCUUUUCUUGAACGUCGUCUCUGAUUUUGUGCCUCAGGAUUUAAAGGCAUUUUUUAAUCUAAUGUUUAAUAUUUCACACGAGUAAUAACUCCAACGUUUAUACAAAGAGCCUUUAAUGAAGUGGCGGACGGUGACGUCAUACUUUGUGACGUGUUUGUGCUCCUCGUUUAGUUUCUGUUGCAGCGACGAGGAUCCCGAGCUUUAAAUGUGAACGUGUAUUUGCACUUUGAGAAAAGGUAAUAAAUUAAAAACCUUUUAAAUGCA